AUGCUAUCUACAUGGAGCGACGAUGACAGUAAUCCUGAUUGCUGCAAAUGGAAAGGCAUUCAGUGCCACAAUGAAACUGAUCAUGUACAAAUGCUUGAUCUCCGUGGUCAGGAUAAUUUUUUGUCUGGUGCAGUUAAUUUCACUCCAUUGGUUCACUUGCAAAAAAUGGAGUAUUUGGAUCUCAGCUAUAAUGAUUUUCAAUCGAGUCACAUUCCGGAACUUAUUGGCUCGUUUACCAACUUAAGAUAUCUCAAUAUCUCAUAUUCUCAAAUUUCUGGGAGAAUUCCUUGUGAACUUGGAAAGCUUGCACAUUUACAAUAUCUGGGUUUAGGGAGCAAUUAUCUCGAUGGAGAAAUCCCUUAUCAACUUGGAAAUCUGUCACGGUUGAAGUAUCUUGAUCUUAGUGGAAAUUCAAAUUCCUUUUUUGGAGCAAUCCCUUUUCAUGUUGGGAAUCUUCCUAAUUUGCACACUCUUAGGCUUGGUGGCAAUUUUGAUGUUGAAUCUGUUGGACUCCCAACUAUGUGUCCAAAAGUCCAAAUUUUCAAGCUCAUUUUUCUACACUUAAUUGAGGGGAGUGAGAAGUCAGUGGAGUGGGUGAGGGAAGUCCAUUUUCGCAGCUUAAUUCGUAACACGGUGCUCUUUGUUCUGACCGUUCGGAUUGUCGAUUGGAGGUCUGAAGUUGGAGAUACUGUCUUCGUACAGAAGCCCUGUUCUUGCAAGUUUGGGGAAUUGUUUCCGCUGCUCACUUUAGAUAAUUGUGUUCUUGUGUUUGGUUUUCCCCAACAGAGUGGUAUCAGAGCUCUUUGGGCUCUGGUUUUGGGAUUAUUUGACUUGCUUGAAUGA